AUGCCCGGCGGGCCACAAAAGUACAACCCAACGAAGCCGCUUAAAAAGGAAAGCGGACCAGGGAGGAGGAAAGAAGGGAAAAGCCAACGUGGGGGGCAAGGGCAGUUGGCGAUUAAGUGAGCAGGUGGCGCUAUCGUGGUGGGGGGAUGUAUCCUGGGAAGAUCACACGCCUGCAUCCAUGCACACUACACACAAAUCAAAAGAGCCCCGAAGAGAACGAGAGCAAGGGCGAGAGGAAGGAAUUUUUUUUGCUAAAACUCUGGCUUUCCACUUUAGGCGGACGAACAGCCUGGACAUCCCAAGUGACCUUAGCGACUCCGUCUGUAACGAUCCUACUAUGCAGAGCUCGGUUUUACUACGAUGGCCCUUACGCCCGAAAUGCGAGGGAAGAUGCCGCCGAGUUCGCAUUGAAGAAAUUGAUAGCCCUCUUCUCACAGCCGUCUGUUUGCAAUUGCAAUCCGUAUUGCUGGAAUUAA